UGCGACUCUGAACGCACCGCACAUACAAAGUAAACGGGAGGACCGCUCCGCUCGCGCUGGGGGGAGCUGCUCGUUUCACCCGUGGAUACUAUUACACAACUGCCAUCGUCUCCAAACCGUGUCUGUGGGAUACUCGAGCCACAUCCUCUCAGUUUUACAUGAUUUUGUAUCACCCCUCUUCUUUUUCUUUCCCAUCAUUCCUCCCCUCUUCUCACCUUUGAGCAUCCUUCUCGCAAGUCUCCUUGCCCGCCUGGCUAACUUUUCCACCCGACUCCAUCCCACACAACCUCCUCCAUCGCUCACCAACCCUCGACCGUUUCCUCCCCAAGUUCCUCCUCUUAUUGCAGCAGCCUGCCUCGGAUCAGGCGGAAACCAUUUGGUCAGUCUACACGGGUACUGCUACAUGGGGCGCACGGUGUCGCUCGGAAAAUGGUCUGCUGUUGGUCUCUAGGCGCCCCGCUGAACCUGCCGGGAUUGGAGUUGUCGUUGCGCGUCUGCGUCUCUUUCCCACCUCGCCUGUGCUGUCGGGACCAGUGAGAUAUGGGUCUCUCCGUGGCGGCGCAGGCACCGCUCGAGGAGCCCCGACGACUGCGCCAGUGGAGCGGGACGUCGGGAGGCUGGCUCAGGAUCACCCUCGUCUCAUUUCUCGCCACUUUACCUGUGGAGCAGCUGCGCGCCUUCCCGUCCUCCCUGAGCGACUGUCAGACGCCGACCGGCUGGAACUGCUCCGGUUUUGAUGACCGGGACACAGACCUGUUCUUGUGCGACACCAACACAUGCAAAUUCGAUGGGGAGUGUCUAAGAAUUGGGAACAUGGUGACAUGCAUUUGCGACUUCAAGUGCAACAAUGAUUAUGCCCCGGUGUGCGGCUCUAACAAUCAGAACUACCAGAACGAGUGCUUCCUGCGCAGGGAUGCCUGCAAGCAGCAGUCUGAAGUACUCAUUAUGUCAGAAGGCGCCUGUCCUGCCGAUGCCGGCUCAGGAUCAGGAGACGACGGAGGAGAGGGCUCAGCCGAGGCCGGGCAGAAGGAAACCUCCACCUGUGAUAUUUGUCAGUUUGGGGCUGAGUGCGAUGUGGACGCAGAGGAUGUUUGGUGUGUUUGCAACAUCGACUGCUCACACAUCAGCUUCAACCCAGUGUGUGCCUCAGACGGUCGUUCCUAUGACAACCCCUGCCAGGUGAAGGAGGCGUCCUGUCAGAAGCAGGAACGCAUCGAGGUCAAGUACCUGGGCCACUGCCAAGGCGACAUCAUAACUGGGAACAAAGGCGGAGAUGGGCACUUCGCACGGACCGACCUCACAGUGGAAAAAGAGGAUCCGCUGGCCCGCGGCCUGUACAUCCCCUGUCCAGAUCACUACAAAAACUACUGUGUCCACGGAGAGUGUCAGUUCCCCAGUAUCCUGGCCCAGCCCUCCUGCAGCUGUCACUCAGGCUUCAGAGGUCCCCAGUGUGACAUCAAAGAGUACAACGUGCUCUACGUGGUGCCAGGCUCCGGCAAACUGCACUAUGUCCUCAUCGCCUCUAUCAUUGGAGCACUCCAGGUGGUCAUCAUCUGUGUGGUGGUGCUCUGCAUUACCAGGAAGUGCCCACGGACCAACAGGAUCAACCGGCAGAAGCAGAAUAAUGUCCACUUCAGUUCAGAGAACACCAUGCGCGCCUCCACUCGACUUAUCUGAGCCCGGACACACCGGACGGAGUCCCCCUGCUCUUUACGGAGCGCCGAGGCGUUAGAUGUUCCCCCCUUUGUAGGCCAGCCCCCCUGAAAAUUAGGCUCUGCUUCCCCUCACUCCUCGCCCUCUCUCUCAGUAUGAACUUUAGGAAUGCCUGGGAAAGACGGUGGCAAAGCAAAGACAGAGCUGGCGUGCGUUGGUGAGUGAUGAUGAUGUUGUCAUCAUUAGCCACCGCCGCCAAACUCCCCACCCCUUGUUGCCGAUGUGUCUCCUUGCACCUUGUCACUUCCGCCCAGGGUUUUUCUGAAAAACUGAACCACGAGGUGUCAGGACGUGGGGGGGGGCUAAAGAUUCAGAAUGUGUGAGUCAGUGUGUGAGUGUGAGUGUGCGUGUUAGAUGUGUGAACUUUGGUAGAGGCGGGCUAGCCUGUGUCUGUCGUUUCUAGAUGAGGGGUUAAUGCGAAUCGGGGUAGUGCAAAGCGGGGUCACGGGCUUUAAAGAGGUGUGUGUUGUCCAGUGUGGGGUGGGGGGAGGGGCGGGGCGGGUUCGGGGGGUUCGGGACUACACGUGAUGCCUUGCACCUUGUGUUAUAGGAGACCUUUGACAGAGGGCACAGUGUUACUAUAGAGCUCUCUGUUCGGUUGUGACGACAAAGUCAGCUUCUGUAUGUUGGGUUCUAUUUCCAAUAGUUAUUACUACAUUGUCUUGAUGGGGUCAUUUUUCUGUAAAUGUAAAUAAAUAAUUUAUAUCACGAAAUGUAA